AUGUCGAACACAGUGGUUGGAACGGUUUACGACCAAAUAAUCAAGGACGUCAUUGAGAGCUCUCGAGUUGAUUUCGAGGAGGGUGGCGUUGACGAGUCCGUUUUGGACGAGCUCCGAGAUGGCUGGCAAAAGAAGCUUUCUCAACUCAGAGUUGCGGAAUUCCCUUGGGAUCCCAAGCCCGAUGCAGUUGUCCCCCCUCCAGCUUCCCUCCCCAACGUUGGCAAUGUCGCCUUCGCUCAACAACAACUAAGCCCUCAACCUGGCGCUCAAGCCUUACCCCUACCUGCUAUUCCCGCUGCGGCGAAUGGACAGCCUCUUCAAGGCGAUGUCAAGAUGGAGCCAGACAUCAAGCAGGAGCCGGGUCUGCACCCCAACAUGGUGCCUGGCAUCCCCACGGAUUCUCGAAGCGUCGCCGCCGCCCGUGCAUCCCAAGCCCUCCAGAAGAACUACGGAAAUAGGGCUACUAGUUCUAUCAAUGCUAUACAGGCUGGGAUGACGGCGCAGGCUCAAGGCCUCAAUGGCCACAAUGCCAAUCCCCAGGGCUAUCCGCAGAACCCGCCGGGACAUCUGCCCAUGCCCCAAACUGAUGGAGCCGAUGAGGCUCAAGUUGAAGGCGUCUUGAUGAAUCGGAAUGCCGACGGCGAAAUGGUCGAGAUGGGGCGCUUCGAUAUCGACCGUAUGCUGCAUGAGCAGAUAAUGGCCAAGGCAAAGAGUAUGGAAGGCGGAGGCUUCAUGGUCCCCCUCCAAGAGGCCAUCAAGCACCCGUCCAAGGUUCGAAGACAGAAGAUGCCAGGCAUUGCCCAGGUUGAUGGAGAGGAUGAGGAUGACGAAGAUGCGAUAAACUCCGAUCUCGAUGACACUGACGAUGACCGAGAGGACUCGGAUGUGGAUGAUGAUGGCCUUAGUCAUAUGAUGCUCUGCAUGUAUGACAAGGUCCAGCGAGUCAGGAAUAAGUGGAAGUGUACUCUCAAGGAUGGUGUUCUUACUGUCAAUGGCAAGGAAUACCUUUUCCACAAGGCCACUGGCGAGUAUGAGUGGUAG